GCUGAAACUCGAAAACUACUUUCAUUCACUAGAGAAGCCAUAGCCAUGGGGAGCUUGUGUCUUCCUUCUACUUUCUCUCCAAGUAUUCGCAGUUUAACUGCAAGAAAUUCCAUGGCAAUGGCAGCUUUCCUCUCUCACCAUCCCAAAAUCUUGCCUCAACCCUUCCUCGCCAAAACCUUCCGCUUCAUUUCUCUUUCAACUUCAACAAAACCGUCCAGAAAACGUUUCCAAGUGAGAUCAGUGGCUACCCCUGCAGAAGGUAUUGCAGGGUUUGAGAGCAUGAUCUCUGGAACAGAACGGAAAUAUUACUUGUUAGGUGGGAAAGGAGGUGUUGGGAAGACAAGUUCUGCUGCCGCUCUAGCUGUGAAGUUCGCAAAUAGUGGCCACCCCACGCUUGUUGUUUCUACUGAUCCAGCACAUUCGUUAAGUGAUUCAUUUGCUCAGGAUUUGACUGGCGGUACACUGGUACCAGUUGAAGGUCCUGACUCUCCAUUGUUUGCCCUUGAGAUAAACCCUGAAAAGGCUAGGGAGGAAUUCCGCAGUACAGCUCAAAAAAAUGGUGGAACUGGCGUAAAAGAUUUCAUGGAUGGCAUGGGCCUCGGAAUGCUUGUAGACCAGUUAGGAGAGUUGAAACUCGGAGAGUUGCUGGACACACCACCUCCUGGUUUGGAUGAAGCUAUAGCCAUUGCGAAGGUCAUUCAAUUUCUUGAGUCUCCAGAAUAUAACAUGUUUACUCGCAUAGUUUUUGACACGGCACCUACGGGUCAUACCUUGAGGCUUCUAUCCCUGCCAGACUUCUUAGAUGCUUCCAUAGGCAAGAUAUUGAAGCUUAGGCAAAAAAUAGCUUCAGCAACCUCAGCCAUUAAAUCUGUAUUUGGACAAGAAGAAAAGCGGCAGGAUGCAGCUGACAAAUUAGAGAGAUUAAGAGAGAGAAUGGUAAAAGUUCGUGAGCUUUUUCGUGACAAAGAAUCUACGGAAUUUGUCAUAGUUACAAUCCCCACGGUUAUGGCUGUGAAUGAAUCAUCAAGGUUGCAUGCUUCUCUGAAAAAGGAAUCUGUCCCUGUCAAGAGGCUUAUUGUGAAUCAGAUUCUUCCUCCGUCAGCAUCAGAUUGCAAGUUUUGUGCAAUGAAAAGAAAGGAUCAAUUGCGUGCUUUGGAUCUCAUUCGAAAUGAUCCAGAACUCUCGAGCUUGUUGGUGAUUGAGGCACCAUUAGUCGAUGUGGAGAUUCGAGGUGUUCCAGCUCUUAAAUUUCUCGGAGACAUCAUUUGGAAAUGACUGUAUUGUCCAAGAAAACAUGAUGCGAUUUGCAGGUAACUUUUUUAUUACCCACUUUUAUGGUCCUUGACCUAUUAAAAACUUUCGGAUAUAUAGAGAAAAACACUUUUUACCCCCAACAUGUGAGUGUGUGUGUGAGAGAGAGAGAGAGAGAGAAUGAUGUAUCUGCCAGCCAACUGACUUCACCGGGUUCACAAUGGGAAACAGUAAUUCAAAUUGAACAGCUCUGCAGUUGAAGUGCAGGACAAACACAGAUUUUAGAAUUCAUGAGAUUUUAGGAGAAAGGAGAAAGGGGAAAAAAAGGAAAAAGAAAGUUGAAGGUGUAUCAUGUAGUUAGCACAGGAUGGUGCCUGAGAAAUAUGAAUGUUUUAUAUUUUUUGGUACAAUUUUUAGAAGUAAAAUAACAUAUAUCAUUUUUUAAAAA